AUGGGAGCAGGAUGGGGAAUGGUUGAAGAAGGUUGGAGAAAAGGGCCUUGGACUGCCGAAGAAGACCGUCUUUUGAUCGAUUAUGUGCGGCUUCACGGUGAAGGCCGGUGGAACUCUGUGGCGAGGCUCGCAGGGUUGAAGAGAAAUGGUAAAAGUUGUAGGUUAAGAUGGGUUAAUUACUUGAGACCAGACCUCAAGAGAGGACAAAUCACUCCUCAUGAAGAAAAAAUUAUCCUUGAGUUACAUGCUAAGUGGGGAAACAGGUGGUCAACAAUCGCUCGUAGUUUACCGGGAAGAACAGAUAACGAGAUCAAGAACUAUUGGAGAACCCAUUUCAAGAAGAAGACAAAAUCUCCAACUAAUAAUUCGGAGAAGACGAAAAACAGAAUCUUGAAGAGGCAACAGUUUCAGCAGCAAAGACAGUUGGAGUUGCAGCAAGAACAGCAAUUGCUUCAUUUAAACCAAAUCGAUAUGAAAAGGAUCAUGUCUUUACUAGAAGAAGACAACAACAACAGUGGUGAUAAUAACUUCAGUAGCAGUAGUAGCGGUAGUAGCGGUGAAGAUGGUGCGUUCUAUGUUCCGCAUCAGAUCACACAUUUAACAACAAGUUCUGGUUAUGACUCAAAUGGUAAUAAUGGGUUUUACCCAGUGGUUACGGUGCCACAACCUCAGGCUAAUGUACAUGAAGAAUACGCGAUUUGGGAUGGUUUAUGGAAUCUGGAUUUGGAAGGACAAGGAAGCAUUAGUGGUGGUGCUUGCGUCCCAAGGAAGCACUGUUUCCAGAACUUGGCCAUUCCCUUCUGUUAACUUGACCUUCAAAGUGUCUUACCUGCCGGAAACAAAAUAAAAAUAAAACUUGACUGACAAGUUCGGUCACGUUUGAGUUUGGUUUUGUUUUGUGUUUAUCUUUUCUGAUUUUGGGUUUAUUAUUAGUAGUUUUGUUAUCAAUUGUGUGUGAUGUUAUAAGAAGGUUAUAAUUUCGGCAAAGCCAAGUUAACGAGUCAUGUAG